CACACAAGAACUGCUCGAUCUUUCAAAAUUUAGCUAGCUUUCUAAUAAUUCCAGUCAAAUCAUCGUGAAUAUGGGGACCUCUCAGAGCCGCGAAGGGGACAUCACAGACUCUGAUAGGGAGUACCGAUCCGAAGAAGAAGAGGAGGAGGAGGAGGAACAAUACGACGCUAUGGAGCGCCAAGAAAUCCCGCAAUCUUCCCGUAGUACUCUCGACGAAAUCGACCGGAAGCUCGAAUCCCUUCGACUUAAGUAUCCACAGAGGCCUAAUGAUGUAAAGAAUCCUGUCAAGCUAUAUCUACACAUCGGCGGCAAUACUCCCAACGCCAAAUGGAUCAUCUCCGACAAACUCACCUCCUAUAGCUUCUCCAAGAUUGGCGGUGAUGGUGACGUGGACGAUGAGGAACCAGUCGGUGGAGGUGUUUCCGGGUGGGUCUUGAAAGUGGGGUCUAAGGUUCGGUCUAGGGUUUCUACAGAAAUGCAAUUGAAGAUGCUUGGCGACCAGCGGCGGGUGGAUUUCGUGAGUAAUGGUGUUUGGGCUCUGAAAUUCGUCACUGAUGAGCAGUAUAGAAGAUUUGUCACUGAAUUUCAGGAUUGCUUGUUUGAGAAUGUGUACGGACUUAAAGGUACCGAGGAGAACAAGAUGAAAGUUUACGGGAAGGAGUUUAUUGGGUGGGUUAAGCCAGAAGCAGCUGAUGAUUCCAUGUGGGAGGAUGCGGAGGAGGAUCCUGGCACUCCUGCUCGCCCAAGCCAGGAAUUGAUGGAGGAGUUUGAAGAAGCGGCCAAUGGUGGUGUGCAGAGCUUGACUUUGGGUGCGUUGGAUAACAGUUUCCUGGUUAAUGAUUUGGGUGUUCAGGUCUACAGGAAUUACCAUCGUGGGAUUCAUGGAAAGGGUAUCUGUGUGAAAUUCGAUGGCAAGGAUGCUUCAGGGCAAUUGACGCCACAAAAAGCCUUGCUAAUGAGGGGGGAGACCAAUAUGAUGCUUAUGAGUCCAUUAAAGGAAGGGAAACCUCAUUCGACUGGGCUGCAGCAGUUAGACAUUGAAACAGGAAAGAUUGUGACAGAAUGGAAGUUUGGGAAGGAUGGGACUGAGAUUACAAUGAAGGAUAUCACCAAUGACACUAAGGGAUCACAAUUAGACCCUUCGGAAUCCACGUUUUUGGGGUUGGAUGACAAUAGAUUGUGUCAAUGGGAUAUGAGAGAUAGAAGAGGAAUUGUGCAGAAUAUUGCUAGCAGUAACUCACCAGUGUUGCAUUGGAAUCAAGGGCAUCAAUUCUCCAGGGGAACUAAUUUUCAAUGCUUUGCAAGUACUGGUGAUGGCUCCAUUGUCAUUGGAUCGCUUGAUGGGAAGAUUCGGCUGUAUUCCAAGACGUCCAUGAGGCAGGCGAAGACAGCUUUUCCUGGGCUUGGCUCUCCGAUUACUCAUGUUGAUGUGACUUAUGACGGGAAGUCGGUGUUAGGUACCACCGACACAUAUUUGGUCCUUAUUUGCACUUUGUUCACUGACAAAGAUGGAAAUACAAAGACUGGUUUCGGUGGUCGUAUGGGAAACAAGAUACCGGCUCCAAGAUUAUUGAAGCUGACUCCACUUGAUUCACAUUUAGCAGGGACUGACAACAGAUUUCAUGGAGGCCAUUUUUCUUGGGUCACAGAGAAUGGUAAGCAAGAGCGCCAUAUAGUAGCAACGGUGGGGAAAUUCAGUGUGAUAUGGGACUUCCAACGGGUGAAGAACAGUGCCCAUGAAUGCUACCGGAAUCAACAGGGUCUCAAGAGCUGUUAUUGCUAUAAGAUUGUCUUGAAGGAUGAGUCCAUCGUAGAAAGUCGUUUCAUGCAUGACAAGUUUGCUGUCAGCGACUCUCCAGAAGCUCCUCUGGUCGUGGCGACCCCUAUGAAAGUCAGCUCCUUCAGCCUUUCUGGCAGGAAGUCACAAGCUUGAACAUUAGUUGUUUGUUCAAAUGAUGAUUGCUAGUCUUUGUGUGUGUAUGAUGUUGGUUUCAUUUCCACACGACUAUUUCAUGUUUUUUUCUUUCCAGGCGGUGUUAUUCUAUCUGGUGUUUCUUUCUCUAUUUUUUCUCCUUGUAUGCUCGGCUUCUGCUUGUAUGUAUGCUCGGCUUCUGCUUAUAUGUAUGCUCGAGGGGAAAAAAACACUAUGCCCCAAUAAUAUAUGGCAAGAGGGGGCACAAUAUGGAUUCUUCUCGGAA